UAUACUGCAGAAAUCCACCUGUUUUACUCAGUCUGAAGUUUCUUUCACCGUCUUCAAGCAACAAUUUUCAGCUCUCUUCAAAACACUUGAACAAACCGAUUCAUCAUGUCGAACGACUGGUCUAACGGACUCUGCUCCUGCUUUGAGGACUUCUCCACCUGUAUCAUCACAUGGUUUGUGCCAUGCUACACCUUCGGAAAGAAUGCUGAACAACUCGGCGAGAACUGCGUUAUGUACGGACUCUCCUACUUCGUCCCAAUUCUUAACUUUUGGUGCAGAACUCAGAUCCGUGGAAAGAUCAGGGAGCAGAAGGGAAUCGAAGGCUCAUGUAUCAAGGAUCUCUUGUGUGUCCUGUUCUGUGACCUCUGUGCUCUGGUGCAGGAGUCUAGGGAGCUGUCAGGACCCGGAGGCCAGAGCAUGGCUCGAGAAUAAACUUAUUAAAACAUAGACUUGUCUUUAGUGAAUGUGGAACACAAGCUUAGUUGUUUUUGACUAUUUUUAAUUAAUACAUGACUCUAAAUCUGUGAAAUACACUUGUCUUCUGUUCAGUGAUAUAUUGAUGAAGAAAAUAAUGUGUUGGAAAAUA